UCUAGCCCAAAAGCAGUGAAAACUCCGCCCAACCUGGCAACACUGAUACUGAGCUGAACAACCCCCCAGAAUCUGCUAGAAACGCCACGACAACAAGAAUUUGCUCCAAGAUUCUGAUUGGGAUGACUGGAAUAUUCCAGCUGGCUCCACAUCAGCAGGUUUCGCAACAAACACGUCACGCCAAGUUCAGCUGAACUUUUAUGAUGGACCUUGUGAAACAUUCAGGUGGAUGCCACUGUGGAGCUGUUAGAUUUGAAGUCUGGAGUUCCCCCAACCUCCAUGUCUUCCACUGCAAUUGUAGUAUUUGCACCAAGAAACAAAACCACCAUUUCAUCGUUCCAAAAAGUAACUUUACCCUCUUACAGGGAAUGGACAAUCUGACCACCUACAGCUUUAACACCCAUGUGGCUAAACACACCUUCUGCAGAACCUGCGGAGUUCAAAGUUUCUACACGCCACGGUCCAAUCCUGAUGGAUAUGGUGUUGCUCCGCACUGCCUGGAUCCAGGAACAGUUCGCAGUGUGGAGGUGGAGAAGUUCUGUGGAGAGCAAUGGGAAGAAAGUAUGCAAGCCCACAAGAGCAUCAGAGACAUGUCGAAAGCCGGAACCGAGCUGCAAAAAUAAGACUGACUGGAAACAGCAUUUAAAAACAUUUUUAAUGAACGUCAUACAAAAAUAAAACAGAAACUAACUCA